AUGAGUUCCAAACAGAGUGCGCGUUUGAAAACUAAACGAAAGCCGGGCGACCCAUGGGUAUCGAAAAAUCGUGUUCUCAACCCCACCAAGUCGAAACGCAAUUGCCCCAUAUAUCGCAAUCCAAAUUUCGAUACCGAUGAAACAAAGCUGCUGAUACAAUUGUGGGGUGAUCCCAAGGUGCAACGUGAACUGAUUACCACACACAAAAAGCAUUUGGUUAUUGCUCAGCUGGCUAGCAAAAUGGAAGAGUACGGCUACCAUCGUUCACCCGAAGAGAUAACGACGCGCAUCAAGAACAUGAAAUGUUUCUAUAAUCGUUUGAAAAAAGAAAUGGAAUUGAAUAAGGACAUGGAUCCGUCGUGGCGUCAUUAUGCCGAUAUGGAUGCCAUUAUGACACGGCCCAUAUUUAGUGUACGUCCGAAUGAGGUACCGGCACCGUCGCUUAAAUAUCUAAUGGAACAGGAGGAGGAGAAGAGAAAGGAACGCAAGCGCAAAGCAGAAGAAGAGGGCAUUAAUGUUUCCGAAAGCGAUGAUGACAUAGAAGAUGUUUUAGCAGUACCAGCUGCUAGAAGAAACUCAAAGAGUAAUGAACACGAUAUUAUAGAACCUCAUGCUGAAAUUGAGCUUGAUGAAGAAACAUUGGCGGCAAUUGAGAAAGGUGGAAACCAACAUAAUAAUAAUAAUAACGGAAACAAAGGAAAUAAAAACAAAACUAGCCAAGCUACUGAUGAUGAAAUGAUGAUUAAAAUAGAAAUAGAGUCUGAAGAAUAUUUAACAAUAAACGAACCUGAAACACCAAAAACGAAAACGCAAGACUUGCAAAAGGGACAAGCCAAUGAUGAAGAGCUAUUGGUGCCCAAAGUUGAACCUAUCGAUGUCGAUGACGAGGAAUUCCAAUGUGAGAGUAAAACAAAUUCGACCUCACAUUUAGUAAGAAUCUUAAAUAAACCUCAAACACAGAGCCACACAACCAGCACAAGUUCAACGGUAACACCUGUGACACCAUCUAAAAUUUCGGUAGUAUCACCGACGAUUCUCAUGCCAUCAACGGGUCAAGCAACAACAGCAACUGUUAUGAAUACCCAAUCACCACGUCCAAUGCAGAUUAGUGGUAAUCUUCAAGCGUUAUUGGCAUCUUCAACGGCAAGAUUGUCGUGGACCACAAAUUGCAACAACAGCAGCAACAUUGCCAACAAUGGCUCAGAACAAUACAACGCAACAACAAAACAACAAUUGCAUGCCACAACCGCAGCAGCAACAGCAGACGAAGAAUUCUUCGCAGAAUAA